AUGGCGGCGCAACGGCCUCUUUACGCGGUUGAUACAUUUGUAUCAAGCACCAAAAACACAGACACACAGUUGAAUGUCUCCCCUGCCCUACUUGCAGAAUACCUUCGGCAAAUCCAACGUCAAGAUCCAGAAUUUAUUCCUGACCCAGUAGACGACGAAUGGGGGGACCCACUCGAGGAAAUGUCUGAAUGGAUCCUGCAGCCAUUUCUGCCCAUUUUCCGCAAAGUUGCUCCUCUAGACACGAGCCGGCAGUACACUCUCGAUGAUUGUUUCUUUGCAGAAGAGUUCAGCUACACGGUGCAAGUGGUGGAAGAAACCUUAGUGCCUGUUUACCUCGGCAAAGGCUUGAAGCUCCAGGAUAUUGGAGCGUGUUUGCCGUCCGUUCAACAUCUUGAUUAUUCAAUGUUCCCCGUCUACCGUCCCAGUGAAGUCCAGGUUCCGAUCGAUCCAGAUUCGACUGCAUUGUCAGGGAGCCCCCGUAAGGUGUUCAUUCCCGGGCGAUCAAACCCCAGCUUCCUCAAGUUAGUCUAUACAGGCCAUACAAGAUCAGUCCUAAAAGAGCUCAUUGCAUAUUCUAAGAUUCAUAUGGCUAAACUCGACAACACGGUUCGCACGUGUCGGCUUGAUGGCUUGGUCCAAGAUGGCCAUGGACAAGUUAUGGGGCUCCUUUUAUCAUACAUCAAUCGUCUUGGGUCUACACUUGAAUGUUUCCAUCCCCAGUAUGAUGGAUCUCGGCAAAAAUGGUUCGACCAGAUUGCUCACACGGUGAAACAGCUUCACACGCAUAAUAUUAUCUGGGGGGAUGCAAAAGCAGCCAAUGUGCUCAUUGAUCCCAAUGGGGAUGCAUAUCUGAUUGACUUUGGAGGAAGUUAUACUAAAGGAUGGGUUCCGAAGGAGCUGGCCGAUACCAUUGAUGGAGAUCUUCAUGGACUAGAAAACAUCAGGCGUUUUCUCCUGGAGUGA